CUAGUACUGCUUCAGCUAUCUGAAUCUGGGGUAAGGCUUUCAACUUCCCCGACUGACAUGGUUGCCAACAUCCUGACUCAGGUUUGGUACCAUGGGAACAUUACUCGAUCCAAAGCAGAAGAUCUGCUCUCCAAGGCAGGCAAAGAUGGCAGUUACCUUGUCCGGGAUAGUGAGUCCAUUACAGGAGCCUACGCCCUCUGUGUUCUGUUCCAAAAUUGUGUAUACACCUACAGAAUUCUUCCUGCAGAAGACAACAGGCUUACUGUUCAGGCAUCGGAAGGGGUUGCAGUGAAAUAUUUUACAAACUUGAUAGAUCUUAUUGACUUCUACACAAAAGAACAUCAAGGGCUAGUGACACACCUGCAGUACUCGGUGCAACAUGAAGAAGAGGUUCCAGAUGAGCCAGAAGAUGAACCAGACCCUGUAGAUAUUCCUCCUCAACUGCCACCACGGAACAUUCCAUCAACCCCACAGCCGCAGCCAAGUGAGAGCAAGGACCAGUCAAGUGAUGUGAUUAAAGCAGUUGAAGCCACUAAGCCAUCUCUUUCUGACACACUACUGCAACGUCUCCAAGCUUAUGACACUGCCAGCAUUCCUGAAGAGCACAUGAAAUCCAUGCAGGACUAUCUACGAUCAUGCAUCACAAGCGAUGUUGAGGCUGUACAGAGGGGUUCCCCAAACCUCCCACAAUUAAAGAAGUUGCUUCAGGUUAUCUGCAAAAACCUGUUCAGUGAAGUAUCACGCACUGUUCCUACUCUUGAAGCUUUACAACGUGUCUUUGACCUGCAGCUAUCCCAAGGAGCUCGCACACGAUCUCAGGCUUCUGGUGACAGCUCUGCAAGUCUGAACCUAUCGAAGCUUUCCCAAAUCACCUCCAUUUUGUCUUCACUAGAGGACAAGGCAAGAAGUGUAUUUCAGGAGGGACCUGAAGGGUCUAAUCGAAAUUCCUUGAUCCCCCCUGUAUUAUUUGAUGUGAAAUUAGACUAUCUUGGAAUCCCACAGAAGCAAGGACUGAAGGUGGAUGUGGAAAAGGGACGAGUGAUUGUUAAAAAGCCCAAGGAAGUCAGCGAAGACAAAUACUACGUGCACGACAAGAUCCGGCAGCUGAUAAAGUCACAGAAGGAUCACAACAAGCUUGUAAUUGUCGUGGAGGCAGAAAAGGAGAAAACGCAGCGAAAGGAAUACGUGUUUGCUGAUUCCAAGAAGCGAGAAGGCUUCUGUCAGCUUUUGCAGCUGAUGAAAAACAAGCACUCUGGCAAGCCAGAACCUGAUAUGAUCACCCUCUUCAUUGGGACCUGGAAUAUGGGGGAUGCACCACCCCCAAAAUGCAUCGACUCCUGGUUCUUAUCAAAAGGACAAGGCAAAACCCGAGAUGAGACUGCACCUUAUAUCCCACAUGAUAUUUAUGUAAUUGGAACACAGGAAGAUCCACAGGGUGAGAAAGAGUGGGUGGAAAUCCUGAGGACUACCCUGGAAAAAAAUACAAAUAUAACCUUCAAAAUGGUUGCUAUUCAAACACUCUGGAACAUCCGCAUAGUUGUCCUUGCCAAACCAGAGCAUGAAAAUCGAAUAAGUCAUAUAUGCACUGACAGUGUUAAAACUGGGAUUGCCAAUACACUAGGUAAUAAAGGAGCUGUUGGUGUGUCCUUUCUUUUUAAUGGGACUCACUUUGGAUUUGUCAAUAGCCAUCUAACUUCUGGAAGUGAAAAGAAAAUUAGACGAAACCAGAACUACAUGAAUAUACUACGUUUCUUAAAUUUGGGAGACAAGAAGCUGAACCCAUUUGACAUAACUCUUCGCUUCACUCAUCUUUUCUGGCUUGGUGAUCUCAACUAUCGUGUGGACAUGCAACCUUUGGAAGCUGAUGCUAUUGUACAGAAGAUCAAGCAGCAGCAGUUUCCUGAACUUUUGAAUCGGGACCAGCUCAAUAUGGAAAGAAGAGAUGAAAAAGUUUUCCUUUUAUUCGAUGAGGAAGAAAUUGCAUUUGCACCAACAUAUCGGUUUGAGAGGAACACUAGAGAGAGGUACGCCUACACCAAACAGAAAGCUACUGGGAUGAAAUACAAUUUGCCAUCAUGGUGUGACAGAGUUCUGUGGAAGUCUUAUCCGGAGAGCCACGUUCACUGUCAGUCCUAUGGCUGCACCAUUGAUAUUAUGACCAGUGAUCAUUCACCUGUCUUCGCCACAUUUGAUGUUGGAGUCACUUCUCAGUUUGUCCCAAAGAAAGAUCAUGGCAAUUCUAAUUUACAAGGUGGAAUUGAGUUUUCUGAGUGUUUCGCGAAGUUGAAGACAAAAUCCAAGACCAAGUUCAUCAUUGAAUUCCAUUCCAGCUGCUUGAUAAAUCCUGAUAAGAGUCAAGAAGGGGAAAACCAGGAAGAAGAAGACGGUUUUCUGCAUGUUAAGUUUGACCAACUGCCAAAGCUAAAGCCAAUUGUAGACGACCCAGAGUACUUACUGGAUCAACACAUCCUGAUUAGCAUUAAGGCCACUGACACUGAUGAAUCCUAUGGUGAAGCCUGUGUGGCUCUGCGAACAAACAGAGAAGCUGGAGCAAAUUUCCAAACAGUGCUGACCCAUCAUGGUGAAAAAACAGGAGAAUUCCGCUGGAAGAUUAAACUAGAAACAUCAGAAGGAGAACAGAGUGAGAAGUUGUAUGAUUUUAUCAAGAUUGAGAAAGAUGACUCCGUGCAAAAGCAAAAGAACUUUCUGAACACAGAUGCAGGGAAGGCAUGGGAUUUUUCUCAAAGGAAAUCAAAGAAUUCACAAACAGUGGCAGCAGAGGCGGCAGCCUUCGCCCGAGGAAGGGGGACAGCACCUACUUCAGAACCACAGGGCAGGGAAGAGAAUAUCCGGCAGUCACAUUCCACAAACUAUGCUCCCACAGACAUCUCCAAUCCAAACUACAUAGGGAUGUGCUCUUUUGGUCCAUCAUCGCAGGCCAUGUCAGGGCCGCAGAAACACAGCUCCUCCCCAGACCAGCAACAGACAUUCAAGAACUUCGACCUUCCCCUCAGACAGACAUCCCCUGUACUGGGGCAUGGUGACUCCACCCCACCCACUCGAUCACCCAUCUCGCCAAAGAAGUUUGCACCGAUGCCUCCAAACCGAAGCCUUUCCAAUAGGAAUCAGGAGCAAAAUUCAGCUGAAGUGUCACGAGGCAAAACUCAGGUUGAGCUGCAGCCACCAGCCCUGCAUGCAGAUGAUAAGCAGCCUGAAAUGUUUGAUAAUCCUCUCUAUGGCUCUGUAACUGGGUCAGCAAAAGUGCCACCCAGGAAAGAACAGGACUCACCAAGAAACUCCAAGAAGGAGCUGCCCUCAGUUCAGGAUUCCACUACUCCCUCCACUGUUGCAGGCCAUUUUCCUUUCCCAAAAACUUCAGAGACAGAGGCUGGAAAACCUUCCAGCAAAACACUAUUUUCACUGCCUGUACCAUCAGCACGAAUUCGAUCCUAUACAUGUUCCACCCCCAAUGAGGGAAAAAAUGUUAGCAACAAGCCAGUGAUCGGAACAUCUUCAAAUCUCAUGCCUCCAGGCAUGACAAAGAAACCAGUGGUAACAUCUCGUUCUGAUGGAAGUUUCCAAGGCAUCCAAGGACCAGUGAUCCGCCCUCCUCUGCCUGCAAAGAGCCGGGUUGUUCUAGAUUCACAGCAGACAAAGCCUCGAGAUUACAGAGAAACCUCUGAAAUUUCCAAAGCUAAACUUCGAGAAGAGUUACCAGUCCCACGCACACCCAUACCGUGAAUGUGAAAGCAGACCAAGAUCUAAAUGGAAGUGUGGACCCACAACAAAGUGAAUGGAAAAGUCAUGCCAACAAACAAACACCACAUUGUCACUUUUCAAUCAUAUGCAGUUUCUUCAGUGAUAUUUAAAACGUUCUCCCUAAAAUUGCUAAUUUCUAAAAGCCAGGCGUUAUUUUCUUCUUCAUUUUCAAACUUUUCUUUUUGUUAACCAAGCUGGGAGUAUAUUGUUUGUAGGCUAUUUCCAUACUAUAUUGUGGUGUUGUCUGGUAUAAGAUGGUAUAAGAAAUUUUGCUGUCCUGCUACACAGCUGUAUUUGCUCUGUAACAACAUAUUCUGUACUCACAGUGUAACUGGAAGUUUCACCAAGGCUAGCAGUACUGAAAAGAAACGUGAAAUGAAUGGGAUGCAGCUUUACAAUGUGCCAUUAUUUAUACUGUGUACCUUGAUCCACAAGGGACAAGGAAAAAGUUCAGAAAGUUAUAUACUAAAGUUACAUUUAUUGCUUCAGUACAUACUGUUCACUCACAAAAUGGCCAGACAUCUCUGAAGUAUGUAACAGUAGAUAUGUGUGGUUAGCUGAGCGGACAAAUUUAUAGUUAACUGUACAAUUGGAGGUGAAUGAAUAAAUACAUGAAUGAAUGAAUGAGUGAAUGACUGGCUAUCAAUGAACAAAGGCCUGGGUAACUGCUGUGUUAGAGUCAAUGAGAGUGAAAGCAGACGGGGACAGUGGAGAAUGAAUGAAGUGAAUAACAACAUGGGCAACCAUUAUAUCAAACAUUAGAACAGAAAGGGGAAAAGGGAGAAUGAAAUAAUGAAAGUAUUAGCAAUUAGAGUAGGGCGGGUGGCCACGGUGGUGCAGUGGUUAGCAUUGCCGCCUCACAGCAAGAGGUUCUCCGGUUCAAUCCUCGACUGGGGUGCCUUCUGUGCGGAGUC